UGAGAGCAGCACGGGCAGCGGGAGAUAGAUAGCAGGGGAUAUCGAUAGACGGACUCAAGCUCGAGCUCGAGCGCGUGGGUGUCAUCCUUGAGGGGUUAUACUUUUAUCACAUUUAUCAAAAGAGAUAAAAGGAGGGCAUCAGCCGCGCGACAGAGAGAUAGAUAAAUAGAUAGAUAGACAGACAAAUAGAUAGAGGGGUAUCCGCGCGCUCGCGUGCGUGCGCACUCAACAAUAGGGAGCGCGAGAGAGACAUGGGCACGAGAUCUCCCGCACCAGCUCGCCCUCGCGCCCGCGCGGCGCCACGGUCUCCUCGCGACUGACCACCGACCGAGCACGACGAGCCGACACAAGCCGACGAGCUGACCCCGCGCGCGCGCCGGUGGCCGGUCGGUUGGUCGGUGGUCUGGUGCGUUCCGUUCUGAGCUACAGGUGCGUGCUCGGGGUUUUUGCGCGCGCGGAAGGUUUUUGUUCGCAGCGCUGGAGCUUCACCGCGCAUCUCGCGCGUUCUCGAGCUUCUUGAGUCUUCUCCCGCUUCUGCUGCUGCUGCUUCUUCUUCAUCAUCCUCCUCUUCAGCUCCUCUUCAGCAUCUUCCUCGGACGAGAGAGGCGCGCGCGCCCGCGGUCCGGCCGCUCUGAGGGUCCAGUUGAAUUCCGCCCGGUUUUGGAUCAUUUAUGAGGAUCGUGAGCCCGGCGCCACCGGACCCUGCCCGCCGCAGUCAUGCCUAUGCAUCCCGUCACCUCCACGCUGAUGUACCGGGGGAUCUGCACCAUCCCGGACAUACUAUCCUACCGGGCCCCGGUCAACCUGCCCGAAGACGAGGUGGAGGAGAUUCGUGAGGCGUUUAAGGUGUUUGAUCGGGAUGGGAACGGCUUCAUAUCGAAGCAGGAGCUGGGCAUGGCCAUGCGUUCUCUGGGCUACAUGCCCAAUGAAGUGGAGCUGGAGGUCAUCAUCCAGAGACUGGACAUGGACGGAGAUGGUCAGGUGGAUUUUGAGGAGUUCGUAACGCUGCUGGGGCCGAAGCUCACGGCUGCAGGGAUGCCGGACAAGUUCAACGGAACCGAUUUCGACUCUGUUUUCUGGAAGUGUGACAUGCAGAAGCUGACGGUGGAGGAACUGAAGCGGCUCCUGUACGACACCUUCUGUGACCACCUGUCCAUGAAAGACAUCGAGAACAUCAUCAUGACGGAGGAGAACCACAUCGAGAACCCAGAGGACUGUCAAGUGGACAUAGACUCGUCGAGUCCGACCCAGCAGGUGAAGCAGACGUGCGUGAGGAAGAGCCUUAUCUGCGCCUUCGCCAUCGCUUUCAUCAUCAGCGUUAUGCUCAUCGCAGCCAAUCAGGUGCUCCGCAGCGGCAUGAAAUAGCAGCGCCGCCCAAUCACAGACCAGAGAAUGGUGAACACUAACCAAUGACUGAAGCAACAGUGGCAAAAAAAAAAGAAAAAACUCAUAUUUUAAACUAAAGAGUCCAAAUAACAACAUCAACUGGCAGUGCUGUGACCCAGACUCUGUUCUUCUUCUACUACCAGCUAAAAACUCGUCCAUGAAAACUUCAAAGACCUGAAAGAAGACCUGAAGGACCUGAACGAAAGAUCGAAUGUGGAAUUUAACAAAAAAGAACGAAAGGAAGCGAGUGUUUCAUCAGAUUCACACUGUUAUUUGGACGUGUGGGUCCAGAAACGAUUCAGACUCUACUGCUCGACCUAGUUGGACUCUGGAGAUGCAUGGAAACCUCAAGGAUCCUCCUGCUCCUCAGUGCAUGAUUGAUGCAUGGAUUUACAGUAGUCUAAUAGCACCUGUAGAGCUCAGCUGUGCAUCCAUCCAUCAGUAAACCACAUCCGAACAAGAUGUGCUACAGAAUCGGACCAAGGAGUCGAGGGCGGUCUUUCGGACCGAACCUGAAAGUGUAUCCAUACAGUGUACUUUGACCCAUUUGCAUGACUCUAAGGGCUGUUUAGGAUAUGCUCAUGUUGUAAAAGUGUGUGUUACGUGUCGUUUUUCUCGAUUACUGUGGGUUCUUACCUGUUGCACUGAGCAGAUUAUAGUAAUACGCCACACUGCCAAAGGGGGGCGCUACAGCCCUGAAGUAACGUCUGUGUUUGAGUGGAAGAAAUUGGGAAGUAGAGAGAGACUUUCAGACCUUUUUCGGGGAACUUGUUUGUGUAGGACCGGGAACUGGGUGUUGACCCUUUGAGAUCAAAUUGAACCAGUGCUUAAAAUACUUUGUAGGAAUAGUCUUCUUUUCCUACAAAUUUAGAAUCUCUUUUUGAGUCAGUAGCUCCUCCCCCCUCAAAUAAUUUAGAUUUGUGUCUAAAUGUUAGAUCCUCCCUAUCAAAUCACAAGAUUUUGAUAAUAGUGUGCUGAACCCUAGCUAGGAAUUGAACCGAUGAUCUCCUUACACUUGUUUAGCAGGCAGUUAGACCGUAGGGCCACUCAAGAUUCUAAACCAAAUACUUUUGUCAGGGAUUGGGCAUUUCAGCUGUGGGUGGGACAACCGAGAAUCAAACUCAGAAUUAGGCCAACUUAAAAUGGUACAGUAACUGAUUGAGUAGCAUUUUUGAGUUACUCAGUAAUUGACAAAUUUUCUUUGCUUAAGUUUCAUUAAUAUAUAUUGAUUUGAGCUCAACUCAUGUGUAAAUUAUCUGCUGAAUUUGAUUUAAAAUUGUGUAAAAGAUUGAGUCGGUGGCAAAUCUCCAUCACAUGAUCUCUCAGGCUGGAAGGAUUUUCACAACGGAGUGUUGAGCCCUAGCUAAGAAUUGAACCGAUGAUCUCCUUACACUUAUAUAGCAGGCAGUUAGACCGUAGGGCCACUCAAGAUUCUAAACUUAAAAAUAUGUAUUCUUCCCCAAACUGAAAUGCAGAAGCAAUGAGAUGUAGGAGAACUUUAGACUAACCAACUGGACAAUAAGCCAGCUGUUAGAAAUUUUGUUAGGGAUUUUAUGGAAUUGGAGACCUCACAUUCUCGUCCUAAAAACUCAGAAUUAUUUUUUUAGUCAGUGGCUUUUCCCCCUCAAAUAUUUUACUGUUAAUUAACCUUCCCAUCACAUGAUCUCCCAGGCUGGAAAGUUAUAUUAACAAUAGAGGGCCGUGGCCAAGCUAGGAACUAAACCGAUGAUCUUCUUACACUUGUUUAGCAGGUAGUUAGACCGUAGGGCCACUCCAGAUUCUAAACUCAACAAUAUGUAUUCUUGUCCAAACUGAAAUGCAGAGUUAAAAUAGUUCCAUUGCUGCUCUGUUUGUAGCUGCACUGUUUGUGGCACAGUAAUACAGUGCAUUACCGGCUGAUAGCGGUACUUAUAAAAAACCUCUCAGCCAAUCACAUUGCAGGGUUGGACCUAAUUAUGGUAUAAUUAGUGUUAUGUAUAAGGUUGGGUUACAUUCAAUAGAGAAUAACGGUAACACUUCCAAUGAACCCUGCCGCUGUAAGUACUUAUGCACUGAAAUACAGGCUUAUUACAGUCAUUAUAAGGUAUUAUGCAUGUCAUAUGAUGCAUUAUAAAUGCAUUUUCAUGAGGCAUUAUGAAUACAGGGUCUAUAGGAAGUGUUACCAGAAUAGUAUAUAUAUUUAACUAGGAAUUUGGUUGCUUUUUUAACUUUUAGUUGAACUCCAGUUAAGCAUCUAUAAGGCAUCAACAAUGGGUCAUUCAAGUGUUAUAUCAGUUAUACCAGUAAUCAAUACCUCAAAUACGAUAUGUAUAUCUAAGCUAAAUGCCUAUAGGGUCUAAAUAACACAAAGAAAAAGGAAGGUUCUGGAAAAGAGGAACACUGGAGAUGAACUCAGGACUUCUAGAUGAACAGCAAUACUUUAGACCCAAGUCCAGCCAGAUGUGGAGUGAUACUUAACAUAUGUUUAAUAUAUAUAUCUUUAAUAUUCAACAUAAAACCAACAACCACCAGAGAUACAGAUACAAAACUCACAACAACAAAGGGUCAAACGCAGGUUCCCUGGUUCUAGAUAAACAGGAGAACCGAGUCUGCUUCAGGAGACGCUCUGUUAACCAUGUGAAUACAAACAGCAUUUGAUUUACAUCUGGAACACUAUGCAUUUUAAAGCUUAAUUCUUAAAACGAUCAAUGCUAUCAGUCAGUUCUAAUGUCCUAAUGUACAGUAUCUGUUUCCCAUCGUUACCCAUAUAUUUACCUUCGCACUGUUGAUGUGUUUUCAUAUUAAUAUAUGGAUAUAUGGAGUCAGAUAAUGAGAAGAGUGGGCUGAACACGGAAUACUGUGACUUUUUAAUUAAUAAUUAAUUGCUACAGUUGCCCAAUACCCCAAAAAAUGCAAUAUAUUUAAAAUACAUUGCAAUAUAUUCCAUUCAUAUUUAACAUAUGUUAAUUAUAUAUUGUACUAAAAUGAUAAAUUAUAUAAUGAAAAAUGUGAUAUGUAAUAUAUACCCUGUAAAGAAAUCUGAUAUAAGCAUAUAUAUCAAAAACUUGGCAUAUAUUUCAAAGCAUAUAUUAUUAAUAAAAUAUGACUUCUAGGGGUAUAUAUAUAUUUGUAUACAUAAUACUGGAAUAUACUACCAUUUACAAAACCAUAUAAGUAGGAGAUACAUAAAUAUUAUUAAGAUUAAAAUGAUCCCAUACAGAAAUGUGAUAUUUGUGCAUAUACAGUAUAUGGCAAUGUAAAGAUUUCAAAUGUAUUAAUAUGUUAUAAAAGGA